AGGAAAAGAGAGGGUUUCUUUUCAUUUGUUCAUAGCAAAUUCAUUUCCUCUUCUCUCUUUGUUAGACACAAGGAAAGGGUUGUCUAUAAAACACAUUUUUGUAGUUUGGUUGGAGAAAGAGCACUGUGAUAAUGAAUGUAUCAGCUUCACAAUGUGGUAGUGGUUGUGAGUCUGGUUGGACUCUCUACUUAGAUCAAUCCUCUUACUCUCAAACUCAGUGUCAAACUGUUGGUGGGAACUUUGAUGAGGAUUAUGGAGGGCAAGGAGCGAGAUUCGUGGUUGAAGAUGAUGAGGAUUUGUCCAUGGUGUCUGAUGCAUCUUCUGGCCCAAGACAUUAUUGCGAAGAUUAUGAGGAAUGCCUUAAUGAAAAUAGGAGCUUCUCUUCUGCUCCUGCAGCCCCUGAACCAGCCAAGAAAAGCAGAAAAAAUAAAAAGAAAAUCAAUGAACAUGGUAGCAAUCAGCAGCUUUCUUAUCUUGAUGACACUGCCAGCUCAACUGUAAUAAGCUUUUCCAAGAAAAACUGCAAGAAAGAAGCUUCAAUAGAUUUGUUGGCCUUUUCACAUGGCUUCUCAGGUACACAUUUUAAGGGCAAAUCAGUAUUCCAGAAAAAAAUUGGUUUCUUAAAAUCUGGAAACACAGGUUCAAAAGAUGCAGGUGGUUUCCAGGAAAGAAACUGGAAAUGACAAAGAGUAAACUAUAACAGCUUUCGUCUCUACUACUGGCUACCUGCAGCUACUCUGCAGAGAAAAAUGGGCGGAAUGUGAAAAGAAAAGAAAAAAAAGUCAUUAGAUCUCAAAGGGAUCUUGUUCCUUCCUUUUUAUUUUUUUUUCCAAUGCUACUUUUUACUUGUUCCAGUUAAUGCAGUGGGAAACAACCUGCUAACAUCAAAAAUAAAAUGAAUUUCUAUGCCAUUGGUGUAUAUAUUUAUUUAUUUUUAUCGGUGAUAAUCGUG